AUGAAGUUUGCUGUUUGUUUAGUUGCCUGCGUGAUGUUUCUCUUUGUUGAAGUAAAUAUGGCAAAUGGUGAAAUGCUAGAAAACCAUGAAUUUCAAACAAAACUUAGUUUUAGGCUUGAGAAGAGAGCUGUGAGCUGUGGUACAUAUAGAAAAUCUUGCUCGUUUCGUAAGUGCUGUUCUGGUUAUACCUGUUCGUAUGGAAGAUGUCGUUCCAGUUACGGGAAGUGAGCUUUUGUCGUUCCGGUUACGGGAAAGUGAACUUGACCAUCUUAUAUUUCAAGGAUCUACGCACCUAAUUGAUAAUAAUU